UUGCUCUCUAAGAACCUGACCCUGACCACCACAGCCAGUUUGCGCGUUUCUUUUUCUUUUAUUAUUUUCCGUGUAGUAGUAGAAGAUAAAUUAUAUAUAAAUGAUCAAAUCCCCCUUUCUCUCUGUUAUUCCCAUGUCGUCGUCCUUUCUCGUCUUUUCAAUUUUUUUUUUUUUUUUUUGUAAGUAAAAAACAGUAUUUGUUUGUUCAAAUUUCAAAAAACUUGAAAAUCUAGGUUAGUUAUGGAAGAAGAGCUGGAAUUUUUGGAAGCCGACGACGUAAUCGAUUGGAGUAGUCUGUUGGAUGAAUUACCGGAGGGUGCGAAUACCUUGGAUUGGGAAACUGAAGCUCCAAUUCUCAACGACUCGUCCUCCUCAUCUUCUUCUUCCUCUUCUUCUCUUCCUUUAGCCGCCGCCGCCACCGAUUCUCCCUCUAACCAUUCUCCAGAUCCGAUUUCCUCAUGGAUCGGACAGAUCGAAACCUUGUUGAUGAAAGAAGAUGAUGCUGACGAUGCUAAUAAGGUUGCCUCGGAGCCUCCUGCUAAUGAUUUUUUGGCUGACAUCCUUGUCGAUUCUCCUGCCCCUGCACAGCCUUCCGACGAUCACGACCUCGGCCUUUCUACUGACAAGGAAGAAUUGGAGGUUGCCCCUGUCCAAAACGAUUCUGAAGAUCUUCUCUCUAAGAAACGGACAAGGCAGCUGAGAAAUAGGGAUGCCGCUGUGAGAUCCAGGGAGAGGAAGAAGGUGUAUGUGAAGGAUCUAGAAAUGAAGAGUAAAUAUCUUGAAGGAGAAUGCAGGAGACUGGGGCGAUUGCUUCAGUGCUGCUAUGCUGAGAAUCAAGCCUUACGGUUUAGUUUGCAGAUGGGCAAUUCAUUUGGUUCUCCAACAACCAAGCAGGAGUCUGCUGUGCUCUUGUUGGAAUCCCUGCUGUUGGGUUCCCUGCUUUGGUUGGUGGUCAUCAUGGGCUUGUUCAUUCUGACUGUAAUGCCCCUUCGAAAUCUGGAGCCACUUCAAUUGGAAGACGAGGGAAAGAAAGCUCUAGAAAGAGAGGCUCCAAAAGGGGGAGAAACUAAAAUUUUUGGAUACUUUGUGGUAGGAUCUUUUGUAAAAAGCAGGAGAUGCAAAGCUUCAUGGACAAAGAUGAAACAGUGUUUCCUUGUUCUUUAAUUUUUUUUUAAGGUCUUUUUUUUUUUUUUUUUUUUCUUUUUUGGUGGUGUGUGUGUGUUUGGGGGGGUGUCUGAGGCCUGCUCCAGCUCUAAUGUACGAUUUGUCCUUUGCAAAACCAGUUUUGGUGUUGACGUCGGGAAUGUUUUUUUAUUGAGAAAAUCAUGUUUCCCGUCCACCAUUUGAACUAUGAUAUGUCAUUAUGGUAAACCUUAGACUGUGCCAUCGUCUACCUCUUCAUCAAUUUCAAUCUAUGCUGGUCCUAGUUAUAUUA